AUGGGUCAUCCCGGGCGUCCACACAGCUCUAGGGCAAGGGAAGAUGUUGUCGCUCGUGAUAGGCGUGAGGAGAGGUUAGCGAGCAAUAGCGCCACUAGUGGUUCUACUGGCGGGGGAGAAGCUAGCGGUGAGGAGAUAGAGUCUGCCUGGGUUCUGAGUGAUGGUACCGCAGUGGAUGAGGCGGGAGGGCGGAUGACUGUUGCCGCCGUCACCCGUCUGAAGCUGGUGUUCAGCUUGCCAGGCGUAGUGAAGCUGCGACCACCGCUGAAGGAUGAGAGAGCGUCGAUCCUGCCAGCGGGGCAUGCCGCCGUGCACGAGGCAAUAUUCCGCCAGGGAGUUACAUUCCCGCUACUGCCAAAUCUCCAAAUUUUGGUUUGCGAGUUUGGCCUCGCCUUUGGGCAAAUUUGCCCUAACAUGUGGCGGUUGCUGAUGGCGCUCAACUCAUUGUGGCUCUUGUCCGGUAGUGAGGGCCCAACCGUGGCGGAGGUGUUACACUUCUACGAGUUGGUGUAUGUGAAGCGCCAUGGUUGCAGCGGCCAGGUGAACUUGAGCCGCCGCCAGGGAGCAUCCAAACUGAUCGAGAAUUUGAAGGACUCCAUGUCUCCAUGGCGGGUGACCUUAUGUGUUACCAUCGCCGGAUGGGAGUACCAAGCGGGGUGGAACGAGGGGGAGUCGACAUUCAAGAUUAAGUCGGAGUUCCAACCUAUCCGAGAUUCUCCGCCGGGCAACAAAGCGAGUUGCGACGCCUUUGCCAAAGCUAUGGAUCGCGCAGAGAUCAACAAUUUCUUGGAGGACAUGUAUGUCGCUGGGCUGGCGGCCGAGAAGACUGUCGUUGAUCCCCAGACACUGGUGCUGAGCCAGUCCGAGGUUCUAGUGGUGCUGCCGAUGCCUCACCAUUCGCAUCUCAGCCCCGAUGGUACGCCAGCCGCCCCGGAGAAGGCGAGGGAGAGAAUGCCCGCCAACCGCCGAGGGCCUCAGCGGGAUAGAGUGGUGGCAAGGGGGGAAGUUACUGCGGCGGUGUUGGAGCCGCAGGUGGCCUCGCGGCCUGUAGCUGCUGGUGCCACGCGGGUGGUGCUUCAGAGGAAGCGGCGACAAAAUGACCCUGAGGAAGAGGAUGACGCAACUAAAGCGGAGACCAUUGGGGCCCGCCAACAAAAGAAGGCAAAGCAGGCUCCACCCAAGGUGCUCGUGGCCGCUGCCAGGGAGGUGCAGACGAGCGAUCUAGACUCGUUUGCGGCAUACACUGAGUUCCUGACCGACCCCGAGCGGGAGUUUCUUUUCCACCUCUGCGAGCGAAGGGUUUCGGACUGCUAUUGA